AUGUCGUCUUCCGUGAAACGGUUUGAUCACUUAAAAAUCCCUCUUGCGGAUAUAAAAGCGGCCACCAACAACUUCAGUGAAAGAAGUCGUUGUGCAAUCGAUGAGUUCAGUACAACUUACAGAGGAUCUCUCUUGGUUGGUGGUGAGUCUAUUCCUAUCUCUGCACGGAGGCUAUAUCGUAGGGAUGGUUAUGGGUAUGGAGAAGUUGAGUUCUGGAGGGAAAUUACGCUGCUUUCUUGCCUCAAACAUGAAAAUAUUGUGUCGAAUAUUGGGUAUUGUGAUGAGGAGGAAGAUAAUUAUAAGUACAUCAUCAUAAACAAGCAAGAGACCCACGAAAGUCUGGAUGAAUAUAUUCGUCCCAGAAUGAUUAUGAUCGGAUGGAAUCAAAGAUUGAGAGUAAGUGUUGGUAUUGCGCGUGCAUUGAGUUACAUUCAUUACGAUGAGGGACGCGAUCUAAGCAUCAUACAUAAUGACAUCAAAAGCUCCACAAUUUUAUUGGAUGAAAACUUCGAGCCUAAGCUAUCCAGUUUUGGGUUUUCCAAGAUUAUUUCAGUAUCCGAAAGGUACGGUUCUCAUAACGCUGUAUUAUAUUAUUGUGCUAAAACUGAGUAUAUGGAUCCGGCAUACAAGAAAACUGGAGAGGUGAGCCAUAAAUCUGAUGUGUACAGUUUGGGCAUAGUGUUAUUUGAACUCUUGUGCGGGAGGUUAGCCAUUGAUAAUCCCCCAGGACAACUCGAUAGUUUUGAGACGAUAGCUAAGUACCAUUACGAAAAUGGAAAUUUAGGUCGUUUGAUUGAUCCGGCUCUGAGGGAAGAUCAGGACAUGGAAUCAUUUAAAUCGUUCUCCGAAACAGCGUAUUCUUGCUUGAAUCAAGACCCAUUGAAACGACCAAAUAUACGUCAGAUUGUCAGACUACUUGAGAAAGCUUUGGAACUUCGACAGAGACAUGAAAAUCCGUUGACACCAGAAAUACGACCAGUUGUUGACGUUGAAGAUACAUCAUACAGGAGAUUGGAGGUAAUUUAUAAUUGA